AUGAUCUGCGCCAAGACCCUCCUCCUCGCUUUCGUGGCCCUCACCCUUCUGACUGUCGCGCAGGCCGCACAGCCCACCAUCAGCCACAACGCAGCCGUCCGUCGUCAUGCUGCCAUGAUCCAAGCGCGCCCGGCGCAUCGCUCGGUCACUCUCGCAAGCGGUAGCAAGAUGGUUCAGAAGAGGCAGACCGCCGAGCAGAUCGCUCAGGCUGCUGCGCUCAAAAAGUGGGACGACGACUUCCACGCCAAGAAUGCAGAGUGGCAGCAGGCUGCCAUUGCUGAUCUCAACGCUGGCAAGACUCCUCCCUCUUUUGACGAGUACUGGAACGGCAAGUCUGGUGGCUCUUCUUCGCCGUCUUCCUCCGACUCUGGCUCAUCGACGCCCACUUCGUCCUCGGACUCCAGCGCUCAGUCUUCAUCCACACCUGCUCAGCAAGAACAGCCCAAGCAGCAACAGACGCAGCCCAAGCAGGAGCAGACUCAACCUAAGCCCAGCUCCACCCCUGCUCCGUCCAACAACAACAACGCUGGCUCGUCGCAAGGUAGGUCGGGCUCCGACUCGGACGAGUGCGAGGAGGACACCACUCCCGCCUCCACCUCGACUCCUCAGACCUCAACGCCCGCUAGCGGUGCUGGCAAUGCCGCAGCUACCGGAAGCAAGAACAACGCCGCCCAGAACACCAACAACAGCGGCUCUUCCCAGUCGACCACAGGUCACUUCUCCGGUCAGGCGACGUACUACGCUCCCGGUCUGGGUGCCUGCGGCAAGUAUAACGGCGACUCGGACUACAUUGUGGCCAUCUCGCACUCGCUCUUCGACUCGUUCGGCACGGGUAACCCCAACAACAACCCCGCCUGUGGUCACAAGAUCGCCGCUACCUACGGAGGCAAGACCAUCACCGUGUCGGUUGCCGAUCGCUGCGAGGGAUGUGCCUGGGGUGAUCUCGACUUUACACCGAGCGGAUUCGCUGCGCUGGCGGAUAUGAGUCUGGGUCGUCUCAACGGUCUGACUUGGUCGUGGAUCGGUGCUGCCCCUUAA